CAAAUUUUCUUUGUUUUUUUACUGGAUCUCUUUUAUUUCAUUCUUGUUUUCAUCUGAAUUACUGUUCUAUGAUGGAACCAAUGCAUUCUGCUGUAUUCAUGAGAACCCCACUAAUAUUGACCUUGAAAUAAGACUUCUUGCAACUUGAUGAAAUCAUUUUCUUGUUAUGCAUUGAAGGUGUUUGAUGAAAUUUCUAGCUGAAUAGAAGAGAAGAGAAGAUCAACAGAUUUUGGAAACUAUGUUGUGUUCUUGUUCAGGAGAGCGAAUUAAGUUUGAGGAACCUCAACCUCAAUCCCCGGAAUCAUUGGCUACAAGAGAUUUCUCAGCCAGUGGUUUCUCUUCAAGAAUUGGGGAUUGGGAUUCAAAGAUUGAAGAUGCUCAGGUUGAUGAGGCUGAAUCCACUCUCAGAGAAGCCCUUUCAUUGAAUUAUGAGGAAGCUAGGGCAUUGUUGGGGAGGCUUGAAUACCAAAAAGGAAACUUUGAUGCUGCCCUUCAAGUGUUUCAGGGAAUUGACAUUAGAAGUUUAUCGCCAAGGAUGAGUAAGGCUAUUUUCGAGAGGACUCGUAGAAGAAAAUCGCGACCUAAAGUUAACGAAAUGCUGCACGGAGUAAUGUCAUUGCAUUCGGUGAACUUACUUCUGGAGGCAAUCUUACUGAAAUCUAAAUCACUAGAAGAACUUGGACGAUUUAAAGAGGCUGCAAGAGAAUGCACAAUAAUUCUUGAUACAGUUGAAUCAGCUCUACCAUAUGGAAUGCCUUUAGAAAACGGUGAAAACUGUAGAUUGCAAGAGAAUUUCCAUAAAUCGAUAGAAUUGCUGCCUAAGCUAUGGAUAAAAGCAGGUGUACUAACCGAAGCUAUGACAGCAUAUCGACGUAUAUUGAUAAAACCAUGGAAUUUAAGCCCGAUAAGAAUAGCUAUUAUUCAGAAAGAAUUUGCUGUUAUAUUACUCUAUGGUGGUGUUGAAGCUAGCCAUCUUUUUGAUAAUACAGAAGAAGCUCUUCUUCUGUUGUUCAUUCUAGUAAGAAAGGUUUUAAACGGUGAAAUUGAAUGGGAAUCAGAGAUAAUGGAUCAUCUUACGUUUGCCCUCUCGGUUUCUGGGAAUUUCGAAACUUUGGCAGAACACGUAGAGCAAGCACUUCCAGGUAUUUACACUCGGGCAGAAAGGUGGUACUUUCUCGCUCUUUGUUAUAGCGCGGCUGGGAAGAUUGAAGUGGCGGUUAGCCUUUUAAAGAAGGUUGUUGGUUCUCCAGAGGCAAGAAAUAAGCCUCAUUUCCAUUCGAUUCUUCUUGGUGCAAAAUUGUGUUCUCAAGAUAAAGUUUACGCUCAAGAAGGAAUAUUUUUUGCUCAAACUCUCGUGAAUUUAGUGGGCAGCAACCAAAACCGGCAUUUUAUUGGGCAGGCUCAUAAGUUUCUUGGCAUUUGCUAUGGAAAUGCUGCAAGAACUUCGAUUUCAGAUUCUGAAAGGCGUGUCUACCAUAAGGAAUCGUUGAAAUCUUUGAACAGAGCUGUCGAGAUUGAUAAGGGAGAAUUGGAUACAGUUUUUAGUCUCGGAACUGAGAGUGCAUUCCAAAGGAAUCUGACUGUGGCUUUUGAUUCUGUAAUGUUGUAUUCAAGUAUGAUGGCUGGGGGAUCUACGAAAGGUUGGAAACUUUUGUCGCAGAUACUUUCGGCUGAACAGAGAUUUGAAGAUGCUGAGAUUAUUGUUGAUCUUGCUAUAGAUGAGACUGAAAAGAUUGAUCAGUUUUCACUUCUUAGAUUGAAAGCUGUUCUUCAGGUAUCACAAGAACAGCCUAAGGAAGCAAUAGAAACAUACAGAGUCCUUCUUGGUCUAAUUGGAGCACAAAGAGAACAGGCUAAUUCUUUUGAUGCUGAGCUGGUGGAGACAAAAAGAUUGGAGAUGGAAGCAUGGCAAGACUUGGCCAAGAUCUAUAUAGAUCUUGAAUCAUGGCCCGAUGUAGAAAUUUGCAUAGACAGAGCCAAAUCUGUCGGGUUUUACUCGCCUGAAAACUGGCAUGCCACAGGAAUGAUGUUGAAAGCUCAAGAGCGGAAAAGAGAAGCCCUUGUUGCAUUCUCAGUCUCGCUCUCGAUAGAACCAGAUUAUGUACCAAGCAUUGUUUCGACUGCAGAAGUGUUGAUAACAAUGGGCAGCAAAUCACUCCCAAUAGCAAGAAGCUUCUUGAUGAACGCCUUGAGGUUAGAGCCAACCGAACAUCGCGUUUGGAUGAACCUGGGUUUGAUUUCAAAGAUGGAAGGUUCCACUAUGCAGGCUGCAGAAUUUUUUCAAGCUGCUCAUGAGCUCAUGAUGUCUGCUCCAGUUCUACCCUUUUGAUGAAAACCAACUGUCAUAAAGAAAAGCAUUGAUGUUUCAUUAUAUUGAAUCAAACAGAUGAAUUUAGCAAUUAAAAUUGUUGUUGGCAUGUUGUUAAUGUUGGAAUCUGUAAUAGAUAUUCUUGGGAAAGAAUCAAUU